UUCUGUAUUUCACUUGCAUUCAAUAUUAUUUUAACUUUAUUUGUACGUACUUGCCAAUCUAUUCAAAAUUUAUCUGAAUGAACCGAAGAAUAAUUGUUAACUCCCGAAAUUCAAUUUACCUCUCUGAAUCACGUUCGUGGCUUCUGUGAACUAUUAUAAUAAUUAAUAAUAGUAACAUGAAGAAUAUAAGUAAUUCUGAAUGUACACACAAAAUAAAAAAUUUACAUAAGAUAUCUAAAGUUACAGAAAAAAGGGAAACAACCGAUUUGAAUUGGUGGCUUUUAUUUGGAAUUAUUAUAAUACUCACAGCAGGAACAAGAUUUUAUAAAGUUACAGAACCACAACAUGUUUGUUGGGAUGAGACUCAUUUUGGUAAAAUGGGAAGUUGGUAUAUAAAUAGAACAUUUUUCUUUGAUGUUCAUCCACCUCUUGGAAAGAUGUUAAUAGCAUUAUCUGGAUAUGUAACUGGUUAUGAUGGAACAUUUCCCUUUGAAAAACCAGGAGAUAAAUUUGAAAAUGUUAAAUAUGUUGGUAUGAGAAUUUUUUGUACAUUUUUAGGUGCAACUAUAGUUCCUUUAUCAUAUCUUAUUAUAUGGGACUUAACAAAAUCUAUUCAAGCAGCAACAUUUUCUGCAUUAUUUAUAUUGUUCGAUGUGGGGUUAUUGACAUUAAAUCAAUAUAUUUUAUUGGAUCCUAUAUUAUUAUGUUUUAUGAUGUGUGCAAUUUGGGGUAUGACCCGUGUAGGUUCUCUUUAUAAUGAACCAUUUACAUGGAAAUGGUGGGGUUGGUUAUUAUUCACAGGAAUUUCUCUUGCUUGUACAAUUAGUGUAAAAUUUGUUGGUUUGUUUGUUGUUUUGUUAGUUGGAUUUAACACUGCUUUUGAAUUAUGGAGAGAAUUAGGAGAUCUCACAAAACCUAUUAUAAAUGUAGGAAAACAUUUAUUAGCACGAUGUAUUUGUCUAAUUUUUAUACCAAUAUUUUUGUACAUGUUAUUCUUUUAUAUUCAUCUUACUGUUUUAAGUAAAAGUGGAAGUGGAGAUGGAUUUUAUAGUUCUGAAUUUCAGUCUUUAUUAGAAGGAAAUUCCUUAUAUAAUGCAACAAUGCCACGACAAUUAGCGUAUGGAGCUACAAUUACUUUAAAAAACCAUAGAACUGGUGGAGGAUAUUUACAUUCUCAUUGGCAUCUUUAUCCAGAAGGCAUUGGAGCUAGACAACAACAAAUUACGACUUAUUCGCAUAAAGAUGAUAAUAAUUUGUGGCUUAUAAAAAUGUUUGAUACUGAUGAUAUACCAUCAGAACCGAUAUUAGUAAAACAUGGUGAUCUUAUACGCUUAGAACACGUUAUUACUCAUCGAAAUUUGCAUUCACAUAAAGAAAUUGCACCUAUUUCUAAAAAACAUUAUCAAGUUACAGGAUAUGGUGAAAAUGGUACUGGUGAUGCUAAUGAUGUAUGGAAAGUUUUAAUAGCAAAUGGUAAAGAUGGUGAUGUAGUCGAAACGGUGACGAGUAAAUUAAAAUUUGUGCAUUGUCUAUAUCACUGUGUUUUAACAUGCAGUGGUAAAACAUUACCAAAAUGGGCUUAUAGUCAACAAGAAGUUUCAUGUAAUCCAAAUAUGAGAGACAAAAAUGCACUAUGGAAUAUUGAAGAUAAUAAUUAUGCAAAAUUACCAAAUGUCAGUUUUCAAGUAUAUGCACCUAGAUUUUUAGAUAGGUUUUUGGAAUCACAUGCAGUAAUGUUGCAAGGAAAUUCUGAUUUGAAAGUUAAAGAAGGAGAAGUAUCAUCACGUCCUUGGCAGUGGCCUAUUAAUUAUAGAGGUCAAUUCUUUUCUGGUAAUAGUUUAAGGAUAUAUUUACUUGGAAAUCCUAUUAUUUGGUGGGGUAAUAUUAUAUUUUUAAUACUUUUUAUCAUACUAUACAUUCACGCUUGCAUAAGACAACAACGCGGUUGUAUAGAAAGUCCUGCUAUCCUUGAACAAAGAAAUAAAAUAUUAAAUGCAGGAAAAUGGCUUUUUAUUGGUUGGAUAUUGCAUUAUGCACCAUUUUGGGCAAUGACUAGAGUUUUAUAUUUUCAUCAUUAUUUCCCAGCUCUAUUAUAUAGUUCAAUGUUAAGUGGAACAACUUUAAAUUAUAUUCUUGAAAGUUUAAUUAUUUUAUUUCCAAACAAACUUGGAUAUGUUAUAUAUCAUACAAUAAUGGCUAUUGUUAUUUCAAGUAUCAUAUAUAGUUUUUAUUUGUUUUCUCCAUUAGCUUAUGGUAUGAUUGGUCCUUCUUCAUUAGAUCCUGAAAGUCCAAUGCAUUCUUUAAGAUGGAUGGAUACUUGGGAAUUUUAAUGAAAAUUAUUCUUCUAUUUUAAAUUCAUA